GGGCAGCUCAGAGCGGAGGAGGCUGAUAGACCGAGUCAAUGAAUCCCCCGAACCGGAAUUUAACUUUUCAUUCACCGGUUUCAUCGACUAAUUAAAGAGGCGGUUGCUAAGAGAUGACAAUCUGUGACAAUUGGUGAGAGCCUCUGAUGUAGAGCAGGCUGAAGCUCCACUUCUCCAGGAUCUCUUUUCCCCACGCCUCUGUCUGUUACCGGCUCAUGUGAGGGACGCGGGAAACGCUCCGAAAGCAAGAGACUCACGAACACCAUGGCAGCUUUUACUGCUCCUUGCACCACCACCACCACCACCACAACUACGACCACCGCGGUGGCCCAGACAGCAUGGCAAAGGCAAGGAGUUUGCGACGAGGCGGGCAAAUAUGAGAACGGGGACUUGGGCCAAAACACUAUCGUGGAGAAAACCCGCGAGUUCUUCCAGAUGUGUGACAACGAGAACAAGGGCUUCAUCAACCGACGUGACAUGCAGAGGCUGAAUGCAGAGCUCCCUCUCAGCUCGGAGGAGUUGGAGAACGUAUUUGAUACCCUCGAUUCCGACGGCAAUGGAUACCUAACCCUGGACGAGUUCUCCACCGGCUUCAGUGAGUUUUUAUUCGGUCGCAAGAUUUCUGUAGCUGAAGGCAUGGGGGAGAAGAACGAGUGUAAAAGCCAGUCGGAGGUCCUGUACCAGACCCAGUGGGAGGAGAGCCUGGCAAGAGGAGACGAGGAUGAAGAGGAGAAACACUUUUGCAUGCUCAUGGAGAGCCUCGGAGCCAACAGUGUCUUUGAAGAUCGAGCUGAAGUGCGCAGUUUGUGGGCCCAGCUGCGCCGAGAUGAACCCCACCUUUUAUCCAAUUUUGAGGACUUCCUGGCCAGAGUGACGACCCAGAUUAUAGAGGCCAACCGGGAGAAGAGGGAGAUGGAGAGCGCACUCAAGAGGAAAGCAGCAACACACGAUGAUGAGAUCCAACACCUUUAUGAGGAAAUGGAGCAGCAAAUAAAAAAUGAAAAAGACAAGAUUGUGCUGCAGGACUAUGAGCGCUUUCUGUCUCGCAGUCAAGGCCUGGAGCUGCAGCUGUCUGGUAAGGAGAAAGAGCUGGAACAGCUCUUUCAGAAACAGAGAAGGUUGGAACUUCAGUGCCAGGAGCUUCACAGUGAACAACAUGUGACCAAGGUGGAGAACGUGAAGCUGAAGCACAAGAAUGACGAGUUAGCACGGGAGCUGGACCACACAAGCCAAGAGCUGAUUUUGGCACAGGACCAGCUGAAUGUGCUGCAGGAGCAGUCCACGCAGCUUCACGAGGACAAGGAGAUGGAAAUCUACAGACUGACUGAGGGACUGCAGCGAGAGCGAGCGGGCCUCCUCAAACAACUGGACCUUUUGAGGGAAAUGAACAAACAUUUACGGGAUGAAAAGGACAUAUUCUUACAGAAUCCAAAGAAAACACCAAGUUUGAAGCAAAUGCCUUCAAUCAGUGUUUUGCAACACACAAAAACAAAUAUCUUCAAAAGUGAGGAUGAGGAGGAUCCGAACACCAGCUCUGUGAGGCACAACCUAACCAACGGGUCAUGCCAUUCCUCUUGUGCAGCAGACAAAAGAGGUCACCUCCAGAGGAUCAUCUCCAUCGAGGAGGACCACCUCCCAGACUUGCUCCAGAAAGACUGUCAGCCCCAAACCCCACUUCAGGAGUGUAGUGAAGAGGAGGAGGCCUCAGACAGUGAGGAGAAUAUAGACUUGGUGAUGAGCAAUAUUUACCCUUGUGCAUCUUCUGCCCAGCAGCAAAAGUCGAAGGAAGAUGUGGAGAAAAGUGAAACCCCCUUAUCUCCGAGGGGUCAGCCUGUUGGCAAGGAGACCAGCAUAAACGAGGAGGGUGGUCCCUCUCUGCCCGAUCGCCUCUUCAAGAUCGUCCUGGUGGGGAACUCUAGCGUAGGAAAGACCUCCCUCCUUCGGCGAUUUUGCGACGACUGCUUCCGCCCCGGCACUUCUGCUACUGUGGGUAUAGAUUACAGUGUAAAGACAAUAGCUGUGGACAAUAGCCAGGUGGCACUGCAGUUGUGGGACACAGCAGGACAGGAGAGGUAUCGGAGCAUCACUAAACAAUUCUUCCGCAAGGCUGACGGUGUGGUUGUGAUGUAUGAUGUCACAACCGUGCAGAGCUUCACAGCUGUCAGACAGUGGCUGACAAGCGUAAAGGAAGGCGCAGGCGAGGACAUCCCCAUCAUGCUCUUGGGAAACAAAACGGACAAGGAGAUUGAGAGACAAGUUCAGAAAGGAAUGGGGGAAAGACUAGCCAAGGACUGCCAAAUGACUUUCUAUGAGUGCAGCGCAUGCUCAGGACACAAUGUGAUGGAGUCCAUGAUUCAUUUAGCCAGAAUUCUGAAAGAGCAAGAGGACAGGGAGAAGGAGAAGACGGUCCAGCUGGUCGGCGACCCUUCAGAGAAGAAGAGAUCCUGCUGCUAACAGUAAAACAGCUGACACACACACACACACACACACACACACACACACACACACACACACACACACACACACACACACACACACACACACACACACACAAACACACACGCACACACAGUAGCACUACCCUUUACUAAGACCACAUGAGGACAUGUUAUUCUGAACAUCAGCACAACUGUUCCUCCCACAGUCUUCCACUUUGUGGCACUCUGGGUACACCCAACACCACGGGCUGUAUGUAUGUUGUCGUGUGUCACAGAUGUUAAUUCUAUAUUAUAAACAGUCCACUCUAAGUUGUUCUAAAAAGAAGAAGAAUGUCAAAAGUUCAAAGAAAAUAAUAUAUAAAAACAACUGAACAAAUGUUAGUCAAACUGAGUCGAUUUUGAGUCAAACUUAGACCUUUUGUUUUUUAAAUGUACAAUGAACAACUGUGUCUCUUAAAUAUUUAUUUGUCACAUGUGGGCCUUUUACUCUAUCUGUGUAAUGUGGUUUUUUUUUUAGCUGUUCUGCUUCUUCCCCUUUUGUACAAAUACAUGACAUGGACCUAAAAACACAAACAACUGUAAAAUGUAAUGCUUUAUCAAACAACCUUGCAGUAAACACUACCUUGGUGAAGCUUUUGUUUUUUUUAGAUAGUGUCAAAGAGGUGUUGAUUAACCAUUAGGGCUAAGAUUAGUUAUAGUGUUAUGUGGCAUUGCAGGAUAAGGCACGGAUGUCUUAGUUUCUUCACCGGGUGGACAAAGUAAAAAUAAACUACUAGCAUGCAGCACAGUACCAAAGUAAUGUGCUUCUGUGUUGUGUCACAUGAUUUUACAAAAAUAUGGUGUGUUUGAAUAAUGGAGAACUAAAAAGGAUAAGCUUCAAAUGUAGAAUUUGUAGCAGGGCUGUCAUUUUAGUAUUUCAUUUUACAGCCAUUUGUGUUAUUUUAUCCUCAGUAUAUUAUUAUUGAUCUGUAAUUCUUUUUUGUUGUUGUUGUUGUAUUAGUGCUGAAGGUUGUUAUGCUACCUGAGCAUUUCGUCGGGAGGUUGACUCAGUUGUGUGUCUAGAAAGUAACAAAGAGCUUUAUUUACACCAACAGACAAAAUUAUGUUCAUCACUUUAAUCUGCCUCUGUGCCAAGUAUUUUAUGUAAAUUGUGUCACUAUACCAUGUUAAGAUAGUUAUGAAAUGUAUUUGUUACAGCAAGGCUAAAAAUAGAAUGGUAAAAAGUUCAGAUUUUCACAAUUUGAUAUCACUAAUCUUGCUCCACUACUGCCAGUGUCUUGCACAUCACUUUAAUGUUAAUAAGAAACAUGUAAAUACAAAAAACAAAUAAAUAAAUAAUUGUCAUGUUAAUGUGUAAAAUACUUCUUCUUCCUGGUACAUUGACA